AUGGAACCUUCAAAGCCUGAGGGCCAGUCCAUCGUAAAUUAUACUACCGUCGCUGGGGAGCACUCCCCACCAGACAGUUAUGAUGGCUCGUCGACUACCCACCGCAAAUCUCUUCGAAAGCGAAUUCUAGGAACCAUCUGGGAUUCGUUAGACAAGUCUCCGAAAGAGCGAAAAUUUAUCGCAAAGGUAGACUGGUGGAUUCUCACCUAUGUCUGCGUUGCGUACUUUGUCAAAUAUCUAGACCAGACCAAUGUCUCAAAUGCAUACGUCUCAGGGAUGAAAGAAGACCUGAACCUGUCUGGUAAUGAUCUCAACUAUCUUACGACAUAUUGGACUAUUGGAUAUAUUCUAGGCAACAUGCCCUCACAGAUCAUUCUGACAAAAGUCCGACCAUCUAUUUGGCUGCCCUCUCUUGAAAUUGUCUGGAGUAUUCUGGUAGUUGCUAUGGCUGGGGCUACGAAUGUUAACACCAUAUACGCUCUACGUUUCUUUAUUGGCUUAAUCGAAGCAUCUGCUUAUCCCGGAAUCAUGGCACUUCUUGGGAAUUGGUAUACGCCUGCAGAGCUGGGAAAGCGUAGCUGCAUUUUUCAGGCCUCCUCCAGCGCUGCACAAAUGUUCUCUGGCUAUCUUCAAGCAGCACUCUACAAGGGAAUGAACGGCCGCGCGGGCUUGUCAGCAUGGCAGUGGCUUUUUGUCUUCGAUGGCAUUAUCGGCAUUCCAAUUGCUCUAUAUGGAUUCUGGGCAAUUCCAGACUCACCAACGAAUUCUCGCAGCCACUGGUUAGCACCAGAGGAGAAGGAGCUAGCUAUUGCGCGUAUGGAGCGUGUGGGUAGAGCUGCUCCGAAGAAGCUAACACUGCGCACGUUUUCGGACCUUGUUGGCAACUGGGCUGCGUGGUUGUUUCCUAUCGUGUUCAUUACACACGUCCUUGGAAUUCGCAUUUACUCAUACUUCAACGUAUGGCUCAAGUCAACGGGGCUGUACAGUGUCGAAAAGGUCAAUUUGAUCCCCACGGCGGGUUACGGCGCACAGAUUAUUUUCACCCUAGGGUACGCCUGGGUCAGUGACGCUCUGCAAGCUCGAUGGCCGGUGAUAGUCUUUGCAGCUUUGGUUGCACUCACUGGAACCAUCAUUCUUUCUGUCUGGCCGGAGGACAAUAUUCCUGCAAUGAUGACCGGGUGGAUCCUUACCUUCCUGGAGACUGGGGCUGGGGCAUUGUUCAUUGCUUGGAUAAAUGAAGUUUGCGCAUACUCUGUAGAGGAUCGUAUCCUAAUUAUCGGGCUCGUUGAAACAAUCGCUUUCACAUUCUCUGCCUGGGUGCCUCUUUUGGCGUAUAAUACAGCCGAGUCGCCGCACUUUUCUGUGGGAUAUCAGUUAGCGGCCAUGUUUUUCGCGCUCGAGCUUUUGCUAACGCUAGUUAUUGCAUACGUCGCGAAAAGGUGGGAUUUACGAGAGAGAUUUGAGAGGAAAGAACGUGAGCGAGAAUGGAUUAUUUAG